AUGGCUGAGCAAGGGAGCCGAAUUUUCAUCCCAGCAACUUUCACCGGAGGAAAACGUUAUAUGAAGCAGCAUUACUACGAUGCCAUGGCUCUGUGCAAGUACUAUGGAUUUCCAGAUAUUUUCAUCACUUUUACGUGCAAUCCAAAAUGGCCUGAAGUUACAAGGUAUCUGAAAAAAUAUAACCUUACCACCGAAGACAGACCUGAAAUAUUGUGUAGAGUUUUCAAGAUGAAACUCGAUAAUCUUAUUGAGUUUUUGACAAAAAAGGACGGCUCCUUAUUUGGCCCAGUUUCUGCAGUAAUGUACACGAUUGAGUUUCAGAAAAGAGGAAUGCCACACGCUCAUAUUCUCGUCUUCAUGCAAAAUGGAGCCAAAUUUCCAACAGCUGAUCAUAUAGACACUAUUAUAUCGGCUGAGAUACCUGACAAGACGGUAGAUCCAGACCUGUAUGCAAUCGUUGGGGAUUGUAUGAUGCAUGGUCCUUGCGGUCCAGCAAAGAAGGAUAAUGUAUGUAUGGUUAACGGUAAAUGUUCUAAGAUGUUUCCGAAACGACUAAACAUCAGGACAUCGAUUGACGCAAAUGGAUUUCCAGCUUACAUGCGUCGUAUUGAUGGUAGGUUCAUUGAGAAAAAUGGAAUCAGAUUAGACAAUGGAUAUGUUGUACCUUACAAUAGAAACCUCAUGCUUCGAUAUCACGCGCAUAUGAAUGUCGAGUGGUGCAUCCAAACGCGUGUUGUUAAGUAUCUUUUCAAAUAUAUCCAUAAGGGACCUGAUUAUGCUUCAGCUGCAAUGGAUAAAGAAGAUGAAGAUGGCGUCAUCGACAAAAUCAAAACAUAUUACGACUGCAGAUAUAUAACUGCAUGCGAGUCGUCGUGGCGGGUUCUUGCUUUUCCUACACAUUUUCGUACUACUUCUGUAGAGAAACUUGGAUUUCAUCUCCCGGAUCAGGAGCUGGUGUUUUUUGAUGAAGAUGGACCUAUUGAGAAUAUCCUUCUAAUUACAAAUGCUUGCUAUGCUUUGGGUUUGAUGGAUGAUGACAAGGAAUACAUAGAAGCUAUCAAAGAUUGUAGUGAUAAUAGUUCUGGCACGUAUGCGAGGAAGCUUUUUUCGAGAAUGUUGGUAUCCAAAACAUUAUCUCAGCCUCAUGUUGUGUGGGAAGCUACUUGGGAGUAUCUAACCGACGAUAUUCUCUACAAGAAACGAAGACAAACUGGAAAUCCCGAGUUGAACUUGACCAUAGAUCAGAUCAAAAACAUUGCUCUAACCGAGAUCCAAAAUCAUUUGCUUAGUAAUGGUCGUAGCCUCCAGAAAUGGCCCCUAAUGCCAAAGCCAGAUGAUUUUGGUUGUUACAACGGCAAUCGCCUUAUAGAUGAUGAGCUUAAGUAUGUUGUGGAAGAUCAGCUAAAGGAAAAUGAAAGACUUAUGGCGAUGAUAACAGAUGAGCAAAGAGGGGUUUACAACGAGAUUUUGGAUGCAGUUUUAAAUGAUAGCGGUGGAGUGUUCUUUCUUUAUGGUUAUGGAGGCACAGGUAAAACCUUCGUAUAUAGAGCACUCUCAUCAGCAAUCCGAUCUAGACGUAUGAUUGUUCUAAAUACCGCAUCCAGUGGAAUUGCUGCAUUAUUGUUGGAAGGAGGUAGAACCGCACAUUCCAGGUUUGGUAUUCCGAUAGAUGCCGACGAGUUUACUACUUGCAAGAAAAUGGAGCCAGGAUCAGAUCGUGCAGAAUUAGUUAAAGCAGCAAAGCUCAUUGUAUGGGAUGAGGCGCCUAUGAUGAGCAGACACUGUUUCGAGACUUUGGAUCGUUCUAUGCGUGAUAUUAUAAGAUCUUCUGAAGACAAACCUUUUGGAGGUAAAGUAGUUGUUUUCGGUGGAGAUUUCAGACAGAUUUUACCGGUUAUACCUGGAGGUGGUAGAGCAGAGACUGUUUUGCAAGCUCUGAAUUCGUCAUAUCUUUGGGAGCACUGCAAAGUUUUGAAGCUAACAAAAAACAUGAGAUUGCUCGCUGGUCUUACUGAUGAUGCAGCAAAAGACCUUCAAUCCUUCUCAAAAUGGAUUUUGGAUGUUGGAGAUGGAAAAAUAAAUUUGCCAAACGACGGUCAAGUUGACAUUGACAUCCCUUCUGAUCUGUUGAUCAAAAAUAUUGGAGAAGAUCCUAUUCAGACUAUUGCAAAGGAGUUGCCAGGUGAAUACAAGGUUUACCUUAGCUCUGACAGUAUAAUCCCAUCCGAUGUUGAUGUAGAAGAAAAUGUUACCUAUCCAACAGAGUUUUUGAACAGUGUUAGAGUGGCAGGAAUGCCUAGACAUAAUUUGAAGCUGAAGGUUGGUGCUCCUAUUAUGUGUCUCCGUAACUUGGAUUUGGUAGAUGGCUUAUGCAAUGGUACUAGGCUAAUUGUUACUCAGUUGCUCCCCCAUGUCAUAGACGGUAGAAUUAUAACUGGAAACAGUACUGCUGGAGACAAAGUCUGGAUUCCUAGAAUGUAUGUCAGUCCACCUGACACAAAGUUUCCCUUUAGAAUGCGUCGAAGACAGUUUCCCGUUACACUGGCUUUCGCGAUGACCAUCAACAAAAGUCAAGGUCAAACACUAGAAAGUGUUGGUUUGUUUUUGCCAAGGCCAGUGUUCUCUCAUGGUCAGCUCUACGUUGCACUUUCAAGAGUUAAGUCGAGAUCUGGAUUAAAAAUCCUAAUAACUAGUAAAGAAAGGAAGGCCGAGACAAAAACAUUGAAUGUUGUCUACAAACAAGUUUUUCAAAAUAUUCCGUAG